GUUGAGCACAACAGUUGCUCAAUCAUUUAAUAGUUCGCUCGAAAUCGUCUGAUUCGAGAAGUACUCUAAAUAAACAGAACAAUGAAUAACGACGACCACAAUACUACGGAUGGCAACUGUUUUACCAUUUUAGGGAAAACGGAAGACAGGGCAGGACCAAAGGAUAAUGUGGCACGUAUGGUCACUGGACGCUACGCUAAUGAAUAUAAAAUGAAUCACAAGUAUCGGGGUUUGGCGCUAAUCUUUGGUCAUGAGCACUUUGACGUUGCCAACUUACAGAGACGCAUUGAAACUGAUGUGGAUACGAAAAAUCUAACGGAAGCGCUAACGAAACUCGAUUUCUGUGUGCGACCCUUUAAAGAUUUGAGCCACAAAGAAGUGAUGGAAAAAAUUAAGGAAACGGUGGAAAUGGAUCAUACGGAACACGAUUGCAUUCUAAUUGCGGUGCUCUCGUAUGGUGAGUGCGAUUUGGUCUACGCCAAGGAUACAUUUUAUCGCAUGGAUGAUCUCUGGAAUGCUUUUACGGCGGACAAAUGCCCAACGUUGACGGGCAAACCGAAACUUUUUAUCGUUGAGGCGAAUCGGGGCAGAAAGCGCGAUAUGGGUUAUCGAAUGUCUGGUCAAACUCAGACGGACAGCGAUUCCCCAUCAAACUAUAGAAUUCCAAUACACGCAGACUUUCUGGUUGCCUUCAGCAGCAUUCCCAACUACUGCACCUGGAGCGAUUCCCUCAAGGGCAGCUGGUUCAUUUACAGUCUCUGCCAAGAACUUUUGAGCUCUGGCAGGAAAAUGGAUCUGCUCAUGCUUCUGACGUUUGUUGGUCAACGGGUCGCCGUUGAUUUUGAGAGCUAUGACGAGGGAUAUAAGCAAAUUACCUGCACUAUGUCCACGCUGACCCGCAUUGUGUAUUUCGAUGACCACAAAAUCGACCACUGCGCGUAACUCAUACUCCAAGUGACGAAUUAACCGUAUUUCCGUAUUUAGCAACAGCCUUGAAAAAAACCACAGCGUUUCCUGUAUUUACCAACACUAUUUUCACACAAAAAAAAAACAACAACAAAAAUGGUGCAGCCUUACACCAAAGAAAAAAGCUUAGACGCUGCAACGACCGAUCUCAAACAUUUUCACAUUAUUUAUCAGGCACACCAAUUGGAAAAAAACGCACACACGGAUCACAAAACGCGCGCACUGCAACUAGAGAUGAUCCACCGGUAUUGGCGUGAGCGAUUGCCAAAAAUCGUCCCUAUCGAUUACCAUGCGAUUAGCAGUUGCAUUGC